AAUCUGGUGCUGCCGGCUGGCAGACGCUCAUCAAUUAGCCGCAGGCCAACAAACUCGAAAGACUGGAGCCGAGCCGAGCCGGCCGAGCAGGUUCUGACAGGAGCCGCUUUGCUGGCAACUCUCGUCCCUGCGCUCACACAGCGAUUGGGACCAUGGCGUGUUGGUUGGCUUUGGCGGCCUAUCUGGCCGCAUACGUGGCCCAGGUUUUGUCUUUCGAGUCCAGUCGAGACAUGGAAUUUACCUUCUUGUUACCGGCGGGCAGCAAGGAGUGCUUCUUUCAACCCGUAGGCAAGGACAACAUGCUCGAGUUUGAAUACCAAGUAAUUGGCCAGCCAAAUAUGGAUGUGAUCUUCACUAUGUUCUCACCCAGUGGCCGCCGAUUGUUUGAGGACAACAGAAAAAGUCGCGGCCUCCACAAGCUGCAGGACACUGAUGAAGGCGAUUACCAGCUGUGCUUCGACAACGUUUUCAGCAAGAUGAAGGAGAAGCUGUUGUUCUUCACGUUGCUCAUCAGCGAUCCCAAUGACAUGGACGAAGACGACGAAGAGCUUCUGAAGGAGAUCGCUGACACUGAAACUAUGGAAUACAGGCUGCAAGACUUCAAGACCCGUAUCGACGUCUUACACCAGAAAAUCCAGAGGGGCCGCGUGAUCCAGCUCAUGCUCAGGACCUUCGACACCAGGGACCAGCGCCUGCAGGACAACAAUCUGUGGAGAGUCAGCUUCUGGUCCUUCUUCUGUGUGGUGGUGAUCAUGGUUGUGGGCGUCUCUCAGGUGCGCGCGCUUGAGUCGCUCUUCCCUAGCUAGAACGCCCCCCGCGGCCAGUGGGCAGCUUCGGCACAGUCUAACGUUUGUACACUCGCGCCUUCACUUACAAGGUGAAUUGGUUCUCCUCGCUGCUUGUAUCUUAAAUCCAUCUUUGAUUAUUUCAAAAAGUAAACCAAUUCAAUGAAUUCAUCA